AUGGCGCCCGGUCUUUCAAACGGAAACAGCGCCCAAAUUCGAGCGCCCCGAUUCCAACAAGCCGAUACACUGGGUGCUGGCCGGGGCUUCAGUUCUACGAAUGGGAACUGGAGCGGUGCCUGGAGCAACCCUACCAUGACAAAUACCUCUUCGGAUAAUGCCUUGGAGAAUGCAGACAUCCCCGAUGAGAUAGAGGGCAGGUCAGGGUCUGGCUGUCUUUUAGCCACCUCAGAAUCUGAUGGUUGGGAUGGGCGACUUAAUUUGCCAUGGAACGUCAAUAGUCAAACCGCCCCUUCCAUUACUCCCACAGGAAUCGGCAACGCUCCAUCUGGGCAUUCUUCUCCCUAUUUCACUUCAGCAAGGCCAGCGGCGAUUGGCAUGACGGCGAGGACUGCAGCUCAAAGAACAUUCUUUACUCACUCCGACUCAAUUAGUGGGGCCUCAUUCGGAACGUCAGCAUCAAACGGCAUGAUCAAUCAUAAUACUCCUCCUCAGCCAUCAAAUAUAGCUCUAAAUAUGGGUCCUGCCACAGACUACACAAGCAACCACGCGUUCCCUGCAACCAAUGGGGAUAUAACCAUAUAUGAAAGGUCUAAUGUACAUUUUGGCUUUCGUGGGUUCGCCUCACAAAUCGCCUCUCAGUCUGGAUCAGUUGCGCCGACACCAUACUCUCAUGCAUCACACAACUCCAUAGGCACCUUUCCAUAUCGAUCUGCUCAUUCCUCACAAUCUUCUUUCCAUUCUGACUCCGAUAAUAAUGAAAUUAGAAAUAUGCGGACACAAAGUGACAUUGCGCUUGCUUUCUCUGGUCUGGAACUUGAAAGCAACGCUUAUAUGGCUCGCUCACAGUCCAACUCCCACCGACCAGGCUAUGUUAGCCAUUCUUCAUUUGACGGAUCUCUUCCACAAUUUCGAAACCCUCUUGGUUUAGAUGAUUUGCCGCUUUCUAACUACCGGACAUACAGCCCUGAAUCUUUCGCGCCGCACUCGCGUCGUUCAGAUAGGGACGAUGACCCUCCAUCUCUUCACAAUGUUGGCAGAAACGGAAAUCCGGGCUUCUAUUCUACUCAUGGGUCAUCUCCAGUUGCUGGACGCCUCAUGUUCUCGAUAGAGAAUCAAUUGAACACCCGCCCUUUAAACGGCCCAACAGAGGUUCUCGAUAGGCGAUUGCAGAGUCUGCAAAACCAGCAACAGUACCGGGCAGCCUCGGCACAAACCAGAGGAAUGCCACGUCAAAACCAAGGGUAUAGUAAUGCGAGCUACCAAACUGGCCCAAUGAGUCAAACAGUGGAUGCAUAUGGGAUGCCAUCUCUUACCGGGGUUUCUCCAGCGACUAUUCCGCGACAUUCAUACCGUAGUAAAGAGCCCGAAGUGUUCAUACCGCUACGCAGCCCAUUGCUUGAAGAAUUUCGUGCUAACAUCAAAGGAAACAAGCGUUAUGAUCUUAAGGACAUAUACGAUCAUAUUGUUGAAUUCAGUGGCGAUCAACACGGCUCUAGAUUUAUUCAAACGAAACUAGAGACGGCACACAGCGACGAAAAGGAUCGUGUUUUCCAGGAAAUCCGGCCAAAUGCAAUUCAACUCAUGAAAGAUGUCUUCGGAAAUUACGUCAUUCAAAAACUUUUUGAACAUGGUAGCCAAGCACAGAAAAAAGCUCUAGCGCAACAGAUGAUGGGUGACGUCCUCAAUUUGUCUACCCAGAUGUAUGGCUGUCGAGUCGUUCAAAAGGCACUAGAACACGUCUUACUCGAUCAGCAAGCGGAAAUAGUGAAGGAACUAGAGCAGCACGUCUUCAGAUGUGUCAAAGAUCAAAAUGGUAACCAUGUCAUCCAGAAGGCCAUUGAGCGGGUACCACAAGACCGCAUUCAAUUCAUAAUAGAUUGUUUCAAAGGCCAAAUUCCACAAUGGGCUGUUCAUUCUUAUGGAUGCCGCGUUAUCCAGAGAAUGCUAGAGCAUUGCAAUGCGGCAGACUGUGAAGCUAUCCUUGCUGAGCUUCACCGCUGCUGUGCUAGCCUUAUACCAGAUCAGUUUGGAAACUAUGUUAUUCAGCAUGUUAUUGAGAAUGGUGAGAAGAAAGAUAAGCUACAGAUGAUUUCUGUAGUUAUUUCUCAAGUUGUCUCUUUCUCUAAACAUAAGUUUGCAAGUAAUGUGGUUGAGAAAACCAUUGAGUUUGGAUGUCCCAGCGAUCGCUCUAGGAUCUUCAAAGUGUUCAUAACUCCCAAUGAUCACGGUGAAAGUCCCUUGCUGGGUCUAAUGAGGGACCAAUAUGGGAACUAUGUUGUUCAAAAAGUACUUCAAGUUUUACAAGGCCGCGAGUAUCAUGCACUUGUAGAACAAAUUCAUCCUCUACUAAGCCAGCUCAAGAAAUUCAGCUACGGCAAGCAAAUUGCGGCUAUUGAGAAGUAUCUCGUCAGACAUGCCCCGUCCGUUUCGCCAAACUCGUCCCGGUGUCCUAGCCCGUUCAUUGCAAACGAUAUGGACUCCGCCUGUGAGGAUAAUGCUUUCUCUACCCGAUGCAUUCCGAGCUCUCGUGGCAGCAUUGCUCAAAGCACAAAUACAAGCAUCGAUUCAACAGAAAAUGAUGACCAGAAACCCGCAUAG